GGCGGGAAACGCUGUUUGAAGUGGUCUGUGACACGCACGGCUGUAGAAGGAGAACUACAGCAGGAACAAGUCAAGGAGAAGGUCCCUGCCUUGUGAAGACGGAAGGUAGACAAGUAAUAAGUAACGGAUGGAUGGCAAGCGGCGGCCAGGCCCAGGGCCAGGGGUACCCUCAAAGCGGUCCCGUAAGGACCUCUGGGAUGAGGAUGAGACACCUCAGCCAUCCCAGUUUGAGGAGGACCUGGCUCUGCUGGAGGAGAUGGAGGCAGAGCACAGGCUACAGGAACAGGAGGAGGAGGAGCUACAUUCGGCCCUGGAGGGGGCCACAGAUGGGCAGUUCUCCCUGUCAGCCAUAGACUCCCGCUGGCUUCGGCCCACCUUGCCACCCCCUGACCCCCAGGCAGAGCCCCUCAUCUUCCAACAGUUGGAGAUCGACCAUUAUGUGGGCCCAGCAUGUCCUCUGCCUGGAAGGCCCCUGCCAUCUACUGGCUCUGUGCCUGUGCUCCGUGCCUUUGGGGUCACGGAUGAGGGCAUCUCUGUAUGCUGCCACAUCCAUGGCUUUGCGCCUUACUUCUACACUCCGGCACCCCUUGGUUUUGGGCCUGAGCACCUGAGUGACCUGCAGCGAGAGCUGAACGGGGCCAUCAGCCGGGACCAGCGUGGGGGAAAGGAGCUUGCUGGGCCAGCAGUGGUGGCUGUGGAGCUGUGCUCUCGGGAAAGCAUGUUUGGGUACCAUGGACACGGCCCCUCCCCAUUUCUGCGCAUCACCCUGGCACUGCCCCGCCUUGUGGCCCCUGCCCGCCGCCUCCUGGAACAGGGCAUUCGUGUGCCAGGCUUGGGCACCCCCAGCUUCGCACCCUACGAGACCAACGUUGACUUUGAGAUCCGGUUCAUGGUGGACACAGACAUUGUUGGCUGCAACUGGCUAGAACUCCCGGCUGCAAAAUACACCCUGAGGCAAAAGGAGAAGGCUACAACUCUGUGCCAGCUAGAGGCAGAUGUGCUAUGGUCAGAUGUGGUCAGUCACCCCCCAGAAGGGCCGUGGCAGCGCAUCGCACCCCUGCGUGUACUCAGCUUCGAUAUUGAGUGUGCUGGCCGCAAAGGCAUCUUUCCUGAGCCUGAGCGGGACCCUGUGAUCCAGAUCUGUUCUCUGGGCCUGCGCUGGGGCGAGCAGGAGCCCUUUCUGCGCUUGGCACUCACCCUGCGGCCCUGUGCCCCCAUCCUAGGUGCCAAGGUGCAGAGCUAUGAGAAGGAAGAGGACCUGCUCCAGGCCUGGUCCAACUUCAUCCGCAACAUGGACCCAGACGUGAUCACUGGCUACAACAUCCAGAACUUUGACCUUCCAUACCUCAUCUCUCGGGCCCAGACCCUCAAGGUGCAGACAUUUCCUUUCCUGGGCCGUGUGGCUGGCCUCCGCUCCAACAUCCGAGACUCAUCUUUUCAGUCCAAGCAGAUGGGCCGGCGGGAAAGCAAGGUGGUCAGCAUGGUGGGCCGCGUGCAAAUGGACAUGCUACAGGUGCUGCUGCGGGAGUACAAACUCCGCUCGUACACGCUCAACGCUGUCAGCUUCCACUUCCUGGGUGAGCAGAAAGAGGACGUGCAGCACAGCAUCAUCACCGACCUGCAGAACGGGAAUGACCAGACUCGCCGCCGGCUGGCCGUGUACUGCCUCAAGGAUGCCUACCUGCCACUGCGGCUGCUUGAGCGGCUCAUGGUGCUGGUGAACGCUGUGGAGAUGGCGCGGGUCACAGGUGUGCCUCUCAGCUACCUGCUCAGCCGAGGCCAGCAGGUCAAGGUCGUGUCCCAGCUGCUGAGGCAGGCCAUGCGAGAGGGGCUGGUGAUGCCUGUGGUGAAGUCAGAGGGUGGCGAGGACUACACAGGAGCCACUGUUAUUGAGCCCCUAAAAGUAAGGCCCCAAGGCAGGGUAGGGGCGGGGUGGUGGGGGCUCCCAGCCCUGAUUCCUCCAGGCUUCUCCCCUCCCAGGUACUAUGAUGUCCCGAUUGCCACCCUGGACUUCUCCUCACUAUACCCGUCCAUCAUGAUGGCCCACAACCUUUGCUACACUACGCUUCUGCGGCCUGGUGCUGCCCAGAAAUUGGGCCUGACUGAGGAUCAAUUCAUCAAGACGCCCACUGGGGAUGAGUUUGUGAAGACAUCGGUGAGGAAGGGGCUACUGCCCCAGAUCCUAGAGAACCUGCUCAGUGCCCGGAAGAGGGCCAAGGCAGAGCUGGCCAAGGAGACAGAUCCCUUGCGGCGGCAGGUUCUGGAUGGGCGGCAGCUGGCGCUUAAAGUGAGCGCCAACUCUGUAUAUGGCUUCACCGGCGCCCAGGUGGGCAAGUUACCAUGCCUGGAGAUCUCUCAGAGUGUCACUGGGUUCGGGCGUCAGAUGAUUGAGAAAACGAAGCAAUUGGUGGAGUCUAAGUAUACAGUGGAGAAUGGCUACAGCACCAGUGCCAAGGUGGUAUAUGGCGACACUGACUCUGUCAUGUGCCGAUUCGGUGUGUCCUCUGUGGCUGAAGCAAUGGCUCUGGGGCGAGAGGCAGCAGACUGGGUGUCAGGUCACUUCCCAUCACCCAUCCGGCUGGAGUUUGAGAAGGUCUACUUCCCCUACCUGCUCAUCAGCAAGAAGCGCUAUGCAGGCCUUCUAUUUUCUUCCCGGGCGGAGGCCCACGAUCGAAUGGACUGCAAGGGCCUGGAGGCUGUGCGCAGGGACAACUGCCCCCUUGUGGCCAAUCUCGUCACUGCCUCACUGCGCCGCUUGCUCAUUGACCGAGACCCAGAGGGUGCUGUGGCCCAUGCGCAGGAAGUCAUCUCAGACCUGCUGUGCAACCGAAUCGACAUCUCCCAGCUGGUCAUCACCAAGGAGCUGACCCGCGCGGCAGCUGACUAUGCCGGCAAGCAGGCCCACGUGGAGCUGGCCGAGAGGAUGAGGAAGCGGGACCCUGGGAGUGCGCCCAACCUGGGUGACCGCGUCCCCUACGUGAUAAUCGGUGCCGCUAAAGGCGUGGCUGCCUACAUGAAGUCUGAGGACCCCCUGUUCGUGCUAGAGCACAGCCUGCCCAUCGACACACAGUACUACCUGGAGCAGCAGCUCGCCAAGCCACUACUGCGCAUCUUCGAGCCUAUCCUGGGCGAGGGCCGCGCUGAGGCUGUGCUGCUGCGAGGUGACCACACUCGUUGUAAGACAGUGCUAACAGGCAAGGUGGGUGGCCUCCUGGCCUUCGCCAAGCGCCGUGACUGCUGCAUCGGCUGCCGCACCGUGCUCAGCCAUCAGGGAGCCGUGUGCAAGUUCUGUAGGCCGCGGGAGUCUGAGCUAUAUCAGAAGGAGGUGUCCCACUUGAACGCCCUGGAGGAGCGCUUCUCACGCCUCUGGACUCAGUGUCAGCGCUGCCAGGGCAGCCUGCAUGAGGAUGUCAUCUGUACCAGCCGGGACUGUCCCAUCUUCUACAUGCGCAAGAAGGUACGAAAGGACUUGGAGGACCAGGAGCAGCUUUUGCGACGCUUUGGGCCCCCUGGCCCUGAGGCCUGGUGACCUCAGAAGCACCCAUCAGGGCUGGGCAGGGUAUGAGGAUUAUUUAAUAAAGUUGAGGUCUUU